GCGCGGGCGACAGACGAGUUCUGCAGCGAGAUUCAGGAGUUGUUUCUGGCGUCUCUCGCGCAGCCGGCCGCCGUGGAUGAUGGUGACUCGUUCGGUGCCGCGUGCUUCACGGCGCAGCGGUUGUGGGCCAGCGUCGAGUCGCGGUGCUGCAACGUUGACCGGCUCAGCGCGACGGCGCGCAUCCUGGGCUUGACAUCGAGGGCGCUGGCCGAGCAGAAGGCGUUCCUCGCCACGGGCAGCGCGCCUGCCAUCCGCGCCAAGCCUGCCCACGACCGCGCCUUGUUGACGGCCUUGGUGCUCGCGACUGAUGCCAUCGACGGGCAGGCGCCAGUGCCGGGAGAGCUCCAAGACAGGGUGGCGCGGGUCGUCGAGAACGCCCGUGCCCUGGUCAAGGCGCAGCGUGAGCACGACAACAGCGACGCUGUCGACCAGGCGCGGUCGUGCUACGAGAAGCUGGUGGCCUUGAUGGGCACGCCAAACGGCGACGGCGACCUGCCGUGGCGCAGGGGCAUGGCCAGCGCUGCAACGUGGUCGGAGUUGCAGGCCCAGGCCGACGACGAGCUUUUCGCGAUCGACGGACACCUGCGCGACGAUCACAACUUCUACGGCGCGGCCGUUCCUGAGGCCCUCUCGGCGGUGUACAAGUGCACCUCCGAUGCGGCGGCGGCGCGCCAGGUCGAGGGCGCGCUGCUGCGCAACCUGGAGGGCGAGGAGACGAUGAGGAGUGCCGUGCGCAUCAGGCGCGCGGUGAACGCGGAGUUCAAGAGACUGGCGGCGGCCCAGCUGGACAGGGAGGCGGCCCGCGCCACCAUCGGCUCCGUGGCGGAGCACGCGCGGGGGCACGGCGAGCUGCCGAGGUAG